CGCAGGGACUGCCCGCGCGAAUGGCUUCGAACGCACGCGCCCCACCCCACAUUUCACAGUCGCCUUGACGACCGGGAGGUCCGCAACGGCUGCGGGGACAAGUCCGUUGAGGCUGCCAGGCGAGUCAGGCCUUUCUGGACCUCGCCCGACUGGGCUGGGCUGUGCCUGAAAUUGACCCAGCUCCGCCAGGGAUUAUGAGAAAACAAGGAGUAAGCUCAAAGCCGCUACAAUCUUCCCGCCCCAGCCAGUCUAAGCGGCGGCGCGGGGCCUCCCCCGCCUGGGAGCCGGAGGUGGAGGCGGAGGUGGAAAAGUCGGCCCUAGGCGGCGGCAGCCUGCCAAGGGGCGCCCCGAGGUGCUCCACGCGGAGGAUCCGAAAUCUGAAAGCACGAAAAGGCUUGGAGCUAGAGGUGGGGGCCAAGACCCUUCUCGGCCCCUUCCAGUUCGCCCAUAAUUUCCUGGCGCAGCUUCGGGAAAAGGUACACGAACUGCAGGCGCGGCGGUUCUCCAGCAGGACCACUCUCGGCAUCGCCGUCUUUGUGGCAAUUUUACGUUGGUUACAUUUAGUAACACUUUUUGAAAAUGAUCGUCAUUUCUCUCACCUCUCAUCUUUGGAACGGGAGAUGACUUUUCGCACUGAAAUAGGACUUUAUUAUUCCUACUUCAAGACCAUUAUUGAAGCACCUUCAUUUUUGGAAGCACUGUGGUUGAUUAUGAAUGACAGGCUUACUGAAUAUCCUCUUGUAAUUAAUACAGUAAAAUGCUUCCAUCUUUAUCCAGAGGUAAUUUUGGCCAGCUGGUACCGGAUUUAUACAAAAAUAAUGGACUUGAUUGGUAUUCAAACCAAGAUAUGUUGGACGGUUACCAGAGGAGAAGGACUCAGCCCUAUUGAAAGCUGUGAAGGAUUAGGAGAUCCUGCUUGCUUUUAUGUUGCUGUAAUUUUUAUUUUAAAUGGACUAAUGAUGGCAUUAUUCUUCAUAUAUAGCACAUAUUUAAGUGGCAGCCGAUUAGGAGGCCUGGUUACAGUGUUGUGCUUCUUUUUCAAUUAUGGAGAGUGUACCCGUGUAAUGUGGACACCACCUCUCCGCGAAAGCUUCUCAUAUCCGUUUCUUGUUCUUCAAAUGUUGCUUGUGACUCAUAUUCUCAGGGCUACAAAACUUUAUAGAGGAAGCUUGAUUGCACUCUGCAUUUCCAAUGUAUUUUUCAAGCUUCCUUGGCAGUUUGCUCAAUUUGUACUUCUCACUCAGCUUGCAUCAUUAUUUGCAGGGUAUGUUGUCGGGUACAUUGAUAUAUGUAAAUUAUGGAAGAUCAUUUAUAUACACAUGAUUUCUCUUGCACUUUGUUUUGUUUUGAUGUUUGGGAACUCAAUGUUAUUAUUAUGCUUCUUCUUUGGUCAUUAUUUGGGGUAUUCUGGCAAUGAAACCACAUUUCCUGAAAAUAAAUGUAUCUGAACUUAGUUUAUGGGUUAUUCAAGGAUGUUUUUGGUUAUUUGGAACUGUCAUACUUAAAUACUUGACAUCUAAAAUUUUUGGUAUUACAGAUGACUAGAGACGGGGUUUCACCAUGUUAGCCAGGAUGAUCUUGAUCUCCGGACCUUGUUAUCUGCCCGUCUCGACCUCCCAAAGUGCUGGGAUUACAGUUCUUGUGGAAGAAAUGGAGAAAAAAUACAGGAAGAAGAGAGAAGAAAUGAAGACGGAAGCGAGUUCGACUCCUAUUCUCCCAGCUUCUUCCACACGUCUGUGAGGACAGAUCUUUCUAAAACAGCACAUCUCAAGGCCGGGCACGGUGACUCAUCCCUGUAAUCCCAGCACUUUGGGAGGCCAAGAUGGAGUUUCGCUCGUGUUGCCCAGGCUGGAGUGCAAUGGCGUGAUCUUGGCUCACCGCAACCUUCCUCUCCCGGGUUCAAGCAAUUCUUCUGCCUCAGCCUCCCAAGUAGCUAGGAUUACAGUGGAUUCCAAAGCAUGAGUGGGGCUGCUUUUGAAUAGUGGGAGACGGGAGUUUACCCCGAUCACAGAAACCAUACCAACUGAAAGACAAAUCAGCAUCUUGCUGGAUGACCCCUCACAGGGCUACUGGAUCC